UGCGUCACCUGACGGGUGCUCCGGGCGUUGGCUCCUCCCUCCCCAAGAUGGCGUCCCUGCUGCAGUCGGAGCGGGUUCUCUAUCUCGUCCAAGGAGAAAAGAAGGUUCGGGCCCCGCUCUCGCAGCUCUACUUCUGCCGCUACUGCAGCGAGCUGCGGUCGCUGGAAUGUGUGUCGCACGAGGUGGACUCACAUUACUGUCCCAGCUGCUUAGAAAACAUGCCGUCAGCUGAAGCCAAAUUGAAAAAGAAUAGAUGUGCCAACUGCUUUGACUGUCCUGGAUGCAUGCACACUCUUUCCACUCGGGCAACAAGCAUCUCCACACAGCUUCCAGAUGACCCAGCCAAAACUACCAUGAAGAAAGCCUAUUACUUAGCCUGUGGAUUUUGUCGAUGGACAUCUAGAGAUGUGGGCAUGGCAGACAAAUCUGUAGCUAGUGGUGGUUGGCAAGAACCAGAAAAUCCUCACACACAACGGAUGAACAAGUUAAUUGAAUAUUACCAGCAGCUUGCUCAGAAAGAAAAGGUUGAACGAGAUCGCAAGAAACUGGCACGGCGUAGAAACUAUAUGCCUUUGGCUUUUUCGCAACACACUAUUCAUGUAGUGGACAAGUACAGUCUUGGAACCAGGCUUCAGCGACCAAGAGCUGGUGCAUCCAUUAGUACACUUGCUGGACUUUCCCUUAGAGAAGGAGAAGACCAGAAAGAGGUAAAGAUUGAGCCGGCUCAGGCUGUCUCUGAAGUGGAACCUCUGCCUGAAGACUAUUAUACGCGACCCGUGAACUUAACAGAGGUGACCACCCUGCAACAGCGCCUCUUACAGCCUGACUUCCAGCCAGUCUCUGCUUCACAGCUCUAUCCUCGACACAAGCACCUUCUGAUCAAGCGUUCCCUGCGCUGUCGGAAAUGUGAACACAACUUGAGCAAGCCAGAAUUUAAUCCAACAUCUAUCAAAUUCAAAAUCCAGUUGGUUGCUGUCAAUUAUAUUCCAGAAGUGAGAAUCAUGUCAAUCCCCAACCUUCGCUACAUGAAGGAGAGCCAGGUCCUCCUGACUCUUACUAAUCCAGUGGAGAACCUCACCCAUGUGACUUUGUUGGAGUGCGAAGAGGGGGACCCUGACAAUAUCAACAGCACUGCUAAGGUGGUGGUGCCUCCCAAGGAGCUCAUCCUAGCUGGCAAGGAUGCAGCAGCAGAGUAUGAUGAACUGGCAGAGCCCCAGGACUUUCAGGAUGACCCUGACAUUGUAGCUUUCAGAAAAGCCAACAAAGUAGGCAUCUUCAUCAAAGUCACCCCACAGCGUGAGGAAGGCGAAGUGACCGUGUGCUUCAAGAUGAAACAUGAUUUUAAAAACCUGGCUGCCCCCAUCCGCCCUAUGGAAGAAAGUGACCAGGGCACAGAGGUCAUCUGGCUCACUCAGCAUGUGGAACUGAGCUUUGGCCCUCUUCUUCCUUAAAGCACAGUCACCUGGUGGGCAGAUCCCACCCAUAGCUGUGUCACCACAACUCUAACAGUGUGGAAGCUUCUGCUUCUUUAGACAUGUUUAUAAAGAUGUACCCAUCACUACGAAUCCUGUUCCUAGGAGUGGAGGACAGGCCAGACUUGGGAGCACAGGGUAACUGCUGUUCCGCUUGGUCUCUCUCUUGACACCAGUAAGCCUGUGUCUCCCUCACUGAGCCCUGCACAUUAACAACAUAACUCCAUCUCAGUAAAAGGGGUGGCUCUUCCUUGGAAGGGCAUUAGAUUUAUGCCUUGAGAAACGUGCUGUGUACCUGUCACAAUUUGACAGAAAAAAAACAGGAUGGUAAUCCAGAGCAGACCUGUUCUGUGUGCCCCAGCGUUGGUCUCAGUGUUACAGCCGCUUUCUGCAUUCCAUUGAGGAUAACCCAGUAAUCGUCACCCUUCACUUGAAAUGGCUCUAACUAUGCCAUUGAUUUCCAUUUGACAGAGCAGUAGGAGUGUCACAGUGACUUUAACUUUACGAUGACUUUAUGGUGACCAUAAAUGUCACUUUCUUAAGGCACUGCAUUUAUCUCUUCUAAAAGAAUACAGUAUACCUGUCAGUUGCUUGUCAUUUUCCUCAGUAGUAUAUAGGACUUAUAAGAAUUUGAGUUGCAAGUAAUCACAUGUCAUGAAAUUUCAUUUGUUUUAAUAUUACCACAAUACCCAGGGGCUAACUCUCUCACAAGGAGACAGCCUUAAUGUAUCUCACUAUCUCCCCUUCUCUACUCUGUUUGUUUGUUUUCCAUUUCUCUUUUCAGUUAGGUUCCCUCCAUGUAACUGACUGGCCUGGAACUCCAUGUAUAGACCAAGCUAACCUUGAACUCACCUGCUAGAAUGAAAGACACUUGCCACCAUGCCCAGCUCUGUUCUGUUCUGUAAUUCAAGGAAUUGUUCUGUCAUUGGAAGUUUUAGAGCAGAGACAGUUUGAGUGGACACUUUACAGCAUGACUUCUGGGAUAUAGAAAACAUUUAGCAUGAUCCAAACCAAUGUUCUUUCUACUAAGUUGAAGGAAAAAUUAACUACCAGUCUCUUAAAUUCAAAAUUGGACAAAUUAAAAGAACUUUUCCCUUCAUGGCUAUAAGCAUGCUGUGUCAAGCAAGACCUUUUUGAUUGUAAGCCACAGCAGUUCAGCAAUUAGCCAGGAUGCUAGCCUAACCCCAGGCAUGCAUUUUUCUCAAAUACUAACAUUGACUUGCAAACCUUAAUUUCUCUGUUUUCUAAAACAAGAGUUGACAGAGUAGACCAGCUGCACCGCUUUUCCUUAAAGUAUUCCUAGCACUCUGCCAACAGACAUUGGAAGGAAAAGUUCCUGUUUACCAAUCUUGCUUUGUUUUUCAUCCUAAGUCUGUAGGGGGUUUUGUUUUGUUUUUUAAGGGAUAUAUAAUCUGGACUACAAAUAGAAAAUAGUCAUUCUUCCCCUUAAGAGAAAUAAUUUGGGAAGCUACUGAAAGACACUAUGUUAAGACCAAGCCAAUUUUACAAAACAAUAUUCCCACAGAUAUAUAAAUUACAGUAUAAGAAGAAAAUUCUGAUCUCUGAUAUGGGAAUAGUAAGUAAUGUUUAGCCUCUUAGAAGCUGGAGCAGAGAGUUGGGUAAUUACAAGUUUCAGCCUACAGAAAGUGAUUUUCUGUCACUCCACAAAACCUCAAGUUAGAGCCUACUGUGAGACCUACCCAGAGGGUGGAGUUAUCAAAGUGCAGUGCAGACGGCUUUGUGUGUCCACACAUUGGGGAAAUAGGCACAGUUGUCUGUAUACCUUCAUUCCUUAGAAAAAUGUUGAAGUAACAGGUCUCUUUACUCCUGGGUGAUACAGAAACACACACACACAAAACUUUUCAACAUAAAAUUUUAAGAAGUCAACUUACAAAUAAUAGCUGUUAGCUAUUUCAAGGUAAGUUUAGUGCAAGCUGGUCUUGUGUUCUUAGGAAAGGGUCAGCACCUGCAGCUGGUGAGUUAGGAAUUGUGUCGGUUGCCCUUAUUAGAUCAGGUGCAGGGUUUUUAUUACUAGUCAGUGUGCACCAAGAAACAAGAGUCAGGUGUCCUUAGCACUUGAAACUGCUAUUUGGAAUUUAAAGCUAAGUUACUUUGGGUUCGUGAGUUGAUUCACACUCCCAAUAUUUUCUUUUGUCCCAAGUAUGUGUUGUAGGUAUACUGCACUAACUGCCCGUGUAUCUUUGUAAUAAGCAUCCUUCUUGGUCCCUUUGGGGAAUGAGAGGCACUCCUUGACUUAUGAAUAACAGGUUUCUGAUUUGCCUUAUUGCUUAAUGUAGUGAAAUAAAGAAACAAUGCUUGA